AUGGUUUUUUUCUUUUUCAAGUUCGCGGAUCAUGCAGGUAUGAUGAACGCUCUUACUGAGGGACCGUGGAUUAUUCGUUCACAGUCGUUGUUUUUGGAAGUUUGGUCACCGUCGGUAAAGUUAGAGAAGAAGGAAGUGAAAAAGGUUCAGGUUUGGGUUAAACUCCAUGAAGUUCCUAUAGCGGCAUAUACGGAGGAUGGUUUAAGUUUGAUUGCUACAACUAUCGGGGAGCCGAAAGCUUUGGAUUCGUUCACUACCUCAAUGUGCGUAGAUAUGUGGGGUAGAAGCAGUUUUGCUCGUGCUCUGGUUGAGAUUUCAGCCGAUACUGAUUUCAAGGAGGAGUUGACUAUUGCGGUUCCUCGUCUUGAUGGGGAUGGUUUUAUCAAGGAGAAGGUUUAUGUCGAAUAUGAAUGGUGUCCCCAUAGGUGUGGUCGAUGCUGUGUUUUUGGCCACAAUGAGGACUGUUGUCCUAAGCAGGCUUCGAAAGUAUCUAAUGGCAAUCCUCAACAUGGCAAGAUCCCUGGUCAUGAUAAGAAGUUUAAGCAGCCGAUUCAGGACAGGGGUCUUUCAAAGCGGCAACCCAUUGUGGACGACGAUGGUUACACGACUGUUCAAGGUAAGAAGGCAGCUAGGAAGGUUGGUUUUAAUGUCAACAAACCAAAGCAAAAAUUUGAAUAUAGGUCUGUUGCGUCUAAGGGUAAGGGAGGGGAUCCUAAUUCUAAUCCGGUGGUUUCCACGAAAAAAGAUGAGUCGGUCAAAGGGUCGAAAUCGUCCGUUCAAAUUUCAAACCCUUUUGAUGUUCUCAACGAUCCUAGUGUUAAUGUGGAUGAGGGUGGUAACACAUCAGGGUCGGCCCAGCACGAUGUGGAGGAUGAAGAGGUAGUCGAGGUUCUUAACGAGACGGAUGGGUAUGAGAUGGAUGAUUUUUUGAGGCAAGGAACUGUUAAAUCGGAUGAAAAAAAAGGGCAAUGA